AAAUGAAGUAUUGUCAGUAUUUGAUCAUUUGACAUUUUUAUUUACAGGUCAGGGAAUAUUACCAUGGCAACACAGAGAUAACACUAUGGCAACCAAUGCAACGAUGGUUCCUCGAGGACCAUACAAGAAACCAACGAAGCCAAGAAACCAUCUAUGCAGCAUCUGUCUGAAGUCAUUCACCCAAUCGAACAACCUACAGUACCAUAUGAACAUACAUACGGGUCACAAGCCUUACAAAUGUACCAUAUGCCCUGAUGUAGGAUUUGCUGCCCCUGGCGGCCUUGCACAGCAUAAUAAGAAAUAUCAUUAACAGAGAGUUUGCACAUUAGGUAAUAAGAAAU